UAGAAGAGUCAGCCAGCGUCCCAAGAGGGUUCGGCUCCGCGACGUCGUAUGUGCGCUUCAGCGCAGGCGCGGGGGCACCGCGUAGGAAACGUGUACACAAAACCGUGCGCGCGCCCGUUGUCCGUCCGGCGCAUCGGUGCUGUUUUCGAGGGAAGCCGCUCGGCGUUCGAUUAAUGCUGCUCGGCAGAGAAGGGAAGUGAGACAUCCCACCGUCCUGCAAUCGAUAGGGGGAGCCUGCAGUCUGGUCCCAACCCUACCGUUAAGCGGCUGGGCAGGAGGGUGAGGGAGCAGGAGGGUCGUAGGGCGCCGUCCCGCACCCGACUCGGCGACUGGAAAAUGGCGGCCUUAGGGUCACCGCUGAGCACUUGGCGAGGCCUUCUACGGGAGUUGCGCUACUUGAACGCGGCCACAGGCCGACCCUAUCGCGACACCGCGGCCUAUCGGUAUCUCCUCAAAGCUUUCCGUGCACAUCGGGUCACCAGUGAGAAACUGUGCAGAGCCCAGCAUGAGCUUCAUUUCCAAGCUGCCACCUAUCUCUGCCUGCUACGCAGCAUUCGAGAACAUGUGGCCCUUCAUCAGGAAUUUCAUGGCAAGGGUGAGCGCUCAGUGGAGGAGUCUGCUGGCUUAGUGGGUCUCAAGUUGCCCCAGCAGCCUGGAGGGAAGGGCUGGGAGCCAUGAAAAUGGAGAAAUUCCUUGGAUGCUGUCUUCAUGCAAGAGUUUACUAAUUUCUGUCAAUAUGUAUUUAUCAUUAAAUUUUUUUUUUUAAUUUA